UCGCGUUUACCAUCUGCACAAUUCAAAUCCGGUUGCCAAAAACGUCCGAGAAAGCCUGAAACUAGUAUCAAAGACGCAUUUAAGGAAAUGGAGCACGAAGCAGUUUGUAAUUCCGUAGUAAGCAUUCCGUCCGGAGAAACAGGACUACCUUUUCCGAAAUUCCGUUUUUAAUUGCUUCAGUACAUCUUCCACUGGAACGACCCGAAAAGUUGUCUUCAUUUACUUUCCAACUCGAUUUUCGGGAAACGUUUUGUAAAUGAGAAAUGAUGUGAUCAACAUGUCACAAGUACAGAACAAAGAAGAAAUCUGAGUUCCCGACAGGAAUUGAACCUGUGACCUUCCAUAUCCCGGUCGGAUGCUCUAACCACUGAGCUACGAAUGACUCGUGGCCAGCUGGGCGAUAUACAGUGUUCAUGUAUAACAUACGUCCUGCGCACUGCUAGGAUCAAUAGUAAAAAACCUUUGCAUCGAUCAUUGCAUUCAUCAGUUUUUCGUUUUAAUUUUUUUCCUAACUCAAAUGAUUAAUUCUUUCUAGAAUACUCCACGGGAAAACAACCCCUCGUGCCUGCUUCCCGGAAGGCCAUGGGUGAGUAAGCAGCAAGCUGUUACCUUAGCAACAAACCUGUUCAACCUGCACAUUUUAGAUGAUUCUUCUGUGAAAGAAUUGGACGGUUAUGACGACAGGAAUUUUUUUGUCCGUGGUUUGUUGAAUACAGAGGGAAAAGAGAAGGAAACACUUCCAAGUCAUGAAUACGUUCUGAAAGUUGUGAACCACAUGGACUCGAAUCACGAAGGUUUAAUGAAGACUCAAUCUGACGUCAUGUCAUUUCUCCAGUCACGUGACCAUGCUUGCCCUGUUCCAGUCCCUUCCAUUUACGACACUACAUUUGUCAUGUGCAAAAUACCCAAGGUUGCCCCGGCUGAUAGUGUUACCAUGGAAACCAAUGAGUUGGCCAAUAAAGAAGAGAUAGAAAUUUACAACGGUGAGGAGUAUUCUAAAGAAGCAUACUAUGUGUGUGCUGUGCGAUUACUGACUUUUGUACCCGGACAAAUGCUGCACGAAAUACCGCUUAACACCCAACUUUGCUUCGAUGCUGGGUUCGCCUUGGGAAGACUGCAUCAAGAUUUAAAGGUAUGACCUUACAGGGCGGAGCCUAUCAUACAGAGUUACCGUAUUUAUUCGAAUAAGCGCCCAACCUCGAAUUAGCGCCCACCUCGAAUAAGCGCCCAUCCUGAAGGAAGAAAAAGUUAAUAAGCGCCUAGCCUCGAAUAAGCGCCCAGCCCCUCCUCCUCCUAAUCAAACUCAAAUAAGCGCUCACCCCCACCCCACCCACUUGAGUGAAUAAAGUCUAAUAAGAGACUUCCCCGAGGACGGAGUUUUCUUCAGAGUACUUUACAGAAACCUUGCUUUGUUACUUCUUCGCGUUUUGUUAUUAGCAUUUAUUGUNAUAAAGAAGAGAUAGAAAUUUACAACGGUGAGGAGUAUUCUAAAGAAGCAUACUAUGUGUGUGCUGUGCGAUUACUGACUUUUGUACCCGGACAAAUGCUGCACGAAAUACCGCUUAACACCCAACUUUGCUUCGAUGCUGGGUUCGCCUUGGGAAGACUGCAUCAAGAUUUAAAGGUAUGACCUUACAGGGCGGAGCCUAUCAUACAGAGUUACCGUAUUUAUUCGAAUAAGCGCCCAACCUCGAAUUAGCGCCCACCUCGAAUAAGCGCCCAUCCUGAAGGAAGAAAAAGUUAAUAAGCGCCUAGCCUCGAAUAAGCGCCCAGCCCCUCCUCCUCCUAAUCAAACUCAAAUAAGCGCUCACCCCCACCCCACCCACUUGAGUGAAUAAAGUCUAAUAAGAGACUUCCCCGAGGACGGAGUUUUCUUCAGAGUACUUUACAGAAACCUUGCUUUGUUACUUCUUCGCGUUUUGUUAUUAGCAUUUAUUGUUUUGUUACAAAAUAAACAUACUUCACUGGCUGAAAAUGGUGAAAAUUUAAUAAGCGCCCAGCCUCAAAUAAGCGCCCACCUCGAAUAAGCGCCCACUCUCAAGGUCCAAAAAUUUAAUAAGCGCCGAGGGCGGUUAAUCGAAUAAAUACGGUAGAUACCUUGUGUAAAUAUUUUCCUUCAAACGAAGUUAGAAGCUACUCAGGCUGUUUUCUGGUCAUUAUCUGAUAAAAAAAACACCCAAUUUAUUGUUUACAAGUUGAGCAGUACUAAGCUGGCCAUUAUUGUUCCCGCUUUCGACAGUUACUUAUCAAGUCAGCGCAGGCGCCCACAACACGGAGCGAGCAGCUCUUGUGCCCAUGUAACGGCAAUUUCUCAGACCAGUUUAUUUUUAGAUCAUUUUUCCUGCGAACUUUGAAAUCAAGUCUUCAAACUUCAGGGUUUCAAAUAAGUCUUACAAAACAGUCAUCAAAAACCGAAGACUUAAAAAGGUAUUUCUGGUGUUUUGAUAGCAUUUACUUCCUCUUUUUGUAAGUAUCGUAUUAUGGAUGCGCACGCAUACUGGACGGUGCCUCUAUUUUUGCAGGAAAACGUUCUCAAAAAAUGAUGCUAAAAAUACCUUGAUCUGUGAAAACGCCGUUGUAUCGGCUAAGUAUGGGAGUUGCGCGCUCACGUUUAUAUGCUCCUGGUCAGCGAGGCAGGCGAUCGAGCAGGAGGGCUAAAAACAGAUCCGCGAAUUGUGUGCGAGAACUUGAAAGUGCCCGCACACACGGGCUUUUAAGCCUGGUCUCCAGACUAAUAUAAUCGCCCAGGACGUCUAGAUAUCUUCCGUUUUUUUAGGGACGAACCGGAAGGUGAAAUAGAAGCCCUGCCUCGUACCAAGGUUUUUCUUGGGAUUUCCAGCAAUAGUUGCGGUGCAAGAGGACGAGGGAUGGGCGAAGCAUUUCCAAACAUCUUAGCACUUUUAACGUUUUUCAUGAUCCUUCCCUCCUCUGUCCAAAAAAUUUCAUAAACCUUUGCGCCACGACUACUGCCGAAAAUCACAGAAAGCGCCCAGGCAACGAGGCGAUGAAAAUCGCUUGCAAACCAUCGCCCUACCAUAAUCUCCUUUGUUUUACAGGAUUUUGGAUGUCCAAAGCUUGGACGCGAUGACUUAGCAUGGAACUUGGCUACUACAGGUGAAAAAAUAGAACCAUUUCUUGACGCUUUGAAUGACCAUCAUUUCAUUGAAAUGAUCCAAGAGGUUUGUGAAUCCUUUAGGAAAAAUGUAACACCGAAAAUUCAUCUGUUGCCGAAACAGGUCAUCCAUGGAGACGCGAAUUACACAAAUAUGUUAUUGGUUCAACGUAGCGGUAAUAAUGAUAAUCAUGCAGCAGACUUUGGCUUCAUCGACUUUUCAGAUAUUAAUUAUAGUUGCCGUGUCUUUGAUCUAGCAAUUUCGCUUACAUACUGCUUGAAUCACCCUAAUGCAUUGAACUGCGAGGAAUCUCGAAUGGCGGCGGGACAUUUUUUCGCGGGAUAUUACUCUGUCAACCCCUUGUCGAACGAAGAGAUAGAAUUGCUGCCUGUAUUAAUAGCCUCGAGGUUUUGUCAGACUUUAGUUUAUGGCGCUUUCACCAGCACAUAUCUCGACCCUGGCAAUAGUUAUCUCAUGGAAACCUCUACACACGGGUGGAAGAAUUUUGAAGCCUUUUGGAAUACGCCCAAAGACGAGGUGCUAAAAAUAUGGCUCCAAUUGACCAAUCAGAACAGUUACAAUUAA